AUGGCUAAUGCAAACACCACAGAUUGCAUUGUAUGUUUUACAUUAGGCGUCAGCGAGGAGGCUGCGUCAGCAUCGCAUGAAGAUACCGUGUCCGCGCAACUUGCCGCAAUAAGCCAAAAACUUGAGCUUCUUCACACUUUGAAAGCAAACGUGGACCGGCUCUGUGACCUCCCGGCAAAAGUAGACGACCUUUUGUUAUUGAAGCCAUCUGUUGAUGCAAUGAAGGUAACGAUCUCGAGUCUUCAAGAUUCUGUUCGCAAAUGUGAAUCCAUGAUGAAGCUUGUUCAGCAGAACGAUCAAGAAGUAAAACUACUGCGAUCAGAAGUUGGAGCGCUACAAGCCACAGUGUCCAAUCAAACUUCUAUGAUCGAACAACUACAGACAAACCUAAACUCCACUGAACAAUACAGUAGGAGGUGCAACAUGGAAAUUCAUGGCAUUCCUAUCACAGAUGACGAAGAUGUGAAGGUAGUUAUCGAAGACCUUGCCGAGAAACUGAACAUCGGUAGACACCAUCCUGCCGAAGUGGUGGCUUGCCACCGCCUGCGCUCGAGGCGCGAGGGGGCGGCCCCCAUUUUGGUUCAGUUCUACUCGACGUCUGUAAAAGAAAAGUGGAUGAGUGCUCGGAAGAAGUUGGCCACGCUUCCUCGGGUUUGCGGAGCGCAUGCUGACACAAUUAAUUUAUACAUACACCUGUGCUUGCUCCUAGACAAGAACAUAGCCGAUUCUUUUCGUGCUCAGGGCCUCCACAUGCCGGUUAUCGACACACUCUAA